GUGCCGAGAAGACGGUAGUUUAUUCCAAUUUGCUUUGUCCGGCUUUUGUGUAAAAUCAUUGUUAUUACAAUAAUUAUAAACAAGGCAGUUUCGGUGUCGGAAAAUAGCUUUCACGCAUAACGUCUUAUAAUGCAGAGUGUAAUAAACACUGUAAAAGGAACCGCCCUGGGUGUUGCGGGAUAUUUGACGCCUGUUCUCAAGGAAUCCAAGUUUCAAGAGACUGGUGUAUUGACUCCAGAAGAAUUCGUAGCAGCAGGUGAUCACUUGGUUCAUCACUGCCCCACAUGGCAGUGGGCCAAGGGUGAGGAGUCCAAGAUCCGAUCAUACUUACCACCAGAUAAGCAGUUCCUCAUUACCAGGAAUGUACCAUGCUAUAGACGUUGCAAACAAAUAGAAUACUGUGAAGACAAUGAGAAGGUCAUAGAAGACGAACAUGAUGAGGAUGGUGGUUGGGUGGACACACAUCACUACGAGUCCUCCGGCUUACCCGCCGUUGAAGAGAAGGUGUGCGAGAUGACGCUGGAGGCGGCGGAGACGGGCGACAGCGACGGCUCGGCGGGCGGCGAGCGCGACGACGACGACGCCGACGACGACGACGAGGCCGAGGACAUGGAGCGCUUCCAGGAGUCCGGCCUGCUCGACGAGGUGGACCCGUCAACAGCGUUAACGACUCGCAAGGAACCGAAGGAGAAGAAGCAGAAAUCUGACGGCGAUGAGAUCAUCAAGACUCGAACCUACGACCUCCAUAUCACUUACGACAAGUACUACCAGACUCCGCGCCUGUGGCUCAUCGGGUAUGAUGAGGAGCGGCGGCUGCUGAGCGUGGAGGCGAUGUACGAGGACGUGUCGCAGGACCACGCCAAGAAGACCGUCACCAUGGAGUCGCACCCGCACGUGUCGGGCCCCAGCAUGGCCUCCGUGCACCCUUGCAGACACGCAGAGGUGAUGAAGAAGAUCAUCGAGACGGUGACGGAGAGCGGCGGCGAGCUGGGCGUGCACGCCUACCUCAUCGUGUUCCUCAAGUUCGUGCAGACCGUCAUCCCCACCGUCGAGUACGACUUCACGCAGAACGUCAACAUCAACUAGGCCACGCCCCCUCCCCCCACCCCCACCGUGUCGGAUCGUAUUCAAUAGCAAAUAAAUGUGAGCUUAGUUCGUCCACCGCGACGUUUCCGAUGUCCUUUACUGUAUAUUCAUUAUAUAUAUUUUAAACAUUUACGGCUUUACCUGUAAACGGUGUUCAUGGGGUGGCAGGUUACGCGAUGCUGUCGUUCGACGGUCAAAUCGAUGGGAUUGUACCUGCCUUUAUAAGUGCGGCCGUUACAAAACAAUAUGCUAUUGAUCAUCGAACAAAAUCUUCAUGCUCAAAAUAUCAGUACAACCUGCAGUUACAAUUCACAAACAGUAAUGAUAAUUUUACACCGAUACUAUUUAUUUUGUUAUUUAAAAAUGGAAGUGUUAUAUUCAAUUCGACGGAUAAAUUUUACAUGUUUAAAAAAACAAGUCGGAAUAAAGCUUGAAUACGAUUUACUAUA